AUGGUGCCUUCACUCCAGUUCUCCACGCUCCCUUGCGUUACCUCUUUCUAUGGUAGCAGUUCACGUUCUUAUCAUCUGAAACCCCGUCUUGAAAAAGCAUCUGUAGCUUUUGCCCUGUGUAAUCUUCUCAAUCUAUCUUCCCUCUCGUUUUUCGAUUUUAUUACCAUAUUCCGCCUCUGGUGCGUGUUGAAGUUUGGAUUAAACAGAUCUUAUUUAACAAAAAGCUGCAAACCUGUGCCAAUGGACAUUGAUCUAUCAACCUCUGUUGAUGUAAACAACUGCCAUGGAUUGUAUAUACACACACCUGAAUCCACUCAAAAUCUUUCUGUGGAUAAACUCGGGAACAAUGUCACUCAGUUUCUGAAUAUCCAAGAUGACAAAGAUGUGGUUCCAGGCUCUAAACCACCACAUGGAAAAUAUGAGAAGUAUUUCAGCAAUCCAACAUUUAUUUGUUCAAUCGAGUCCACACUCUCUCCAGGAGCAUCUGUAGAAGCCAUAACUGUCAAUGAGCCUACACCUUGUGACAACCUUAAAUCUGUUCAUCCAACUUGCUCACAUCCUCCAUCUUUGCCUACUGCCUGGAAGCCUGUGUCAGCCAUGAAAGGUAGCAGAGAGAAACGAGGAGUGACCCCACCUCAAAAACUGACAGUUAAGUGGGCCCCAGACGUCUAUGAUCCAGUCCCCACCUCAGUUUCCCACACGGUAACAAACAGAAACAACAAGCCUCAAAGACAAACCAAGAAAAACACAAAAUCCAAACAGAAGAAUGGAAACAAGUCAUCACGUGGAAGUGGAAGUAAAUACAAAGACAAAAAACAAGGCCGGAAGCGUGGUGGUGAUUCUUCCACCGCUGGUUUCAAGCUGCCUGAACAGGAGGAGGAGGCGGUGGGUGAUGGUGAUUAUGGCCUGCCACCACCAGCCGCCAUGGAGUUUCAUGUCGGAAAUCCAGAUCAAUUCUGUGGGACCGGCUUUCUGAAUAGGUAUGACGCAAACCAGGUAUGUGUGGGUGGACUCGUAAAAUUCUAUAUUAGUGAAAAAUAAAGGUAAAAGUUUGGGUAAAUGAUAGUGCAAUUAGGGAGGAGGGUGUGGUGACACAAGAACCACACUCCCUCCUUGCCACAUAGGUGUCAUGUCAAUUUUACCACGCAAAGUGUGGUAUGAGAGAGAAGGAGGGAGGGAGGGAGCCAAGACUCAAAAGGACCAAGAGGACGAAGACUGAGUUAUACGUGGGUGAUGAGGUUUGGCAGUGAAAUAAUAGCUGCUUGCACAAGUUUACUCAAUGUUUUAAAAUCCGGGUCAGGUUGAUUAUGAACAGGUUUUUGGUUUAACCGUUGACAAGAAAGUUAUGCUUUUCAAUGUUUGAAUUUUUGGACAUUAAUUUUUAGACUAAAAUUUUUCACUCGAAACAUCACCACACAAAUACGUAGACAUCCCGUCUUGGUCAAUUGCAUCUUGAAAAGUUGACAAAAACUCAAAAUACGUUUGAAAAACAUGUGUAUGUCUAUACGUAGUUUUAAAUGUAUGCAUGUAUUUAUGUAUAACUAGGGUUUAGACCAUCCGCGCGUUGUUGUGGAAGAUCCGGUAUAUUAAAAAAUGUAGUUUGAUACCAUAUAUACCAUUGAGAUAAUUAAAUCAUGUAAAGUGGAACACAAAAAUAUCAAAAUAAAAUAUGGAUACAAACAAUUGACAUUAUAAUGUAUAAAAUACUAAUAAUUUAACUUUAAAAUUAUAAUGGGUGAAAACUGUUAAAUAAAUAUUAAAUAAGG